CCGGGCCGCCUCCUCCCGCUCGGACCCAUGAGCCAGCCGGGCGGCGCGGCGGCUCCGCAGGCUGACGGAGCCAGUACAGCUGGAAGGAAAAGCACUGCAAACAGGGAGCGCUUGAAGCGCAGCCAGAAGAGCUCCAAGGUGGAGGGCCCGGAGCCGGGGCCGGCCGAGGCUUCGCUGAGUGCCGAGCAGGGGACGAUGACGGAGGUGAAGGUGAAGACAGAGCUACCUGAUGACUACAUCCAGGAGGUGAUCUGGCAGGGCGAGGCCAAGGAGGAGAAGAAGGCCGUCAGCAAGGAUGGGACCGGCGAUGUACCUGCAGAGAUCUGUGUGGUGAUCGGCGGGGUCCGCAACCAGCAGACCCUUGAUGGAAAAGCACCCGAAGGCAGCCUCCAUGGUGGAUCUUUGCGAAGCCGGUAUUCAGGGAGCUGGAUUUUUGACCAAGCAAUGAAAUAUGCAUCUGGGUCUUAUGAGUGUGGCAUCUGUGGCAAGAAGUACAAGUAUUACAACUGCUUCCAGACUCAUGUCCGGGCACACCGUGACACUGAAGCCACGUCGGGGGAGGGAGCCUCCCAAAGCAACAAUUUCAGGUACACAUGUGACAUCUGUGGGAAGAAGUACAAGUACUACAGCUGUUUCCAGGAGCACCGGGACCUGCACGCGGUAGAUGUGUUUAGUGUGGAAGGGGCCCCCGAGAAUCGGGCAGACCCAUUUGACCAAGGUGUCGUGGCCACAGAUGAGGUGAAGGAGGAACCCCCAGAGCCAUUUCAGAAAAUCGGGCCAAUGAACAAUAUUACAUCAGACAUUUUUAAGAAGAAAGAAGUUAGGCAGAGCCAGAAGAGAGGUAAAGAAACUGGCAAUUACACCUGCGAGUUCUGUGGAAAGCAGUACAAGUACUAUACACCGUACCAGGAGCACGUGGCCUUACACGCACCCAUCAGUACCGCCCCCGGAUGGGAGCCGCCAGAUGAUCCAGACACGGGUUCUGAGUGUUCGCAUCCAGAGGUCACCCCAUCUCCACGCUUCGUGGCAGCGAAGACCCAGACGAACCAGUCAGGGAAAAAAGCUCCGGCUUCCGUGGUUCGAUGUGCCACCCUCUUACACCGAACCCCUCCAGCCACCCAAACUCAACCGUUCCGCACUCCAAACUCGGGAUCUCCAGCCAGCAAGGCAACCGCAGAAAGCGCUUUCAGUCGAAGAGUAGAAGGCAAAGCACAAAACCACUUUGAAGAGACCAACAGCAGUUCUCAGAACUCCAGCGAGCCCUACACAUGCGGCGCCUGCGGCAUCCAAUUCCAGUUCUACAACAACCUGCUGGAGCACAUGCAGUCCCACGCAGCCGACAAUGAAAACAACAUCACCUCCAACCAGUCCCGAUCUCCACCUGCCAUCGUGGAAGAGAAGUGGAAACCUCAGGCCCAGAGGAAUAGUGCCAACAACACCACAAGCAGUGGUCUACCACCCAACAGCAUGAUCCCGGAGAAGGAGCGGCAGAACAUUGCAGAGCGGCUGCUGCGGGUCAUGUGUGCCGACCUGGGGGCGCUGAGCGUGGUCAGUGGGAAGGAGUUCCUCAAGUUAGCGCAGACCUUGGUGGACAGCGGUGCCCGCUACGGGGCCUUCUCAGUCACCGAGAUCCUGGGCAACUUCAACACGCUAGCACUGAAGCACUUGCCUCGCAUGUACAACCAAGUGAAGGUGAAGGUAACGUGUGCCCUGGGCAGCAAUGCCUGCCUGGGCAUCGGCGUCACCUGCCACUCGCAGAGCGUCGGUCCCGACUCCUGCUAUAUCCUCACGGCCUACCAGGCUGAGGGCAACCACAUCAAGAGCUAUGUGCUGGGCGUGAAGGGCGCUGACAUCCGUGACAGCGGCGACCUGGUGCACCACUGGGUGCAGAACGUGCUGUCGGAGUUUGUCAUGUCGGAGAUCCGGACAGUGUACGUGACAGACUGCCGGGUGAGCACGUCGGCCUUCUCGAAGGCCGGCAUGUGCCUUCGCUGCUCGGCCUGUGCCUUGAACUCGGUGGUGCAGAGCGUGCUGAGCAAGCGGACGCUGCAGGCCCGCAGCAUGCACGAGGUCAUUGAGCUGCUCAACGUGUGUGAGGACCUGGCAGGCUCCACGGGCCUCGCCAAGGAGACCUUUGGGUCCCUGGAGGAGACGUCGCCGCCGCCCUGCUGGAACUCAGUGACGGACUCCCUGCUGCUGGUGCACGAGCGCUACGAGCAGAUCUGUGAAUUCUACAGCCGGGCUAAGAAGAUGAACCUCAUCCAGAGCCUCAACAAACACCUGCUGAGCAACCUGGCUGCCAUCCUGACACCUGUGAAGCAGGCGGUCAUCGAGCUGAGCAACGAGAGCCAGCCUACCCUACAGCUCGUGCUGCCCACCUAUGUCCGGCUGGAGAAGCUGUUCACAGCCAAGGCCAAUGACGCCGGGACCGUCAGCAAGCUCUGCCACCUCUUCCUAGAGGCGCUCAAAGAGAACUUCAAGGUGCACCCAGCCCACAAAGUGGCCAUGAUCCUGGACCCGCAACAGAAGCUGCGGCCCGUGCCGCCCUACCAGCACGAAGAGAUCAUCGGCAAGGUCUGCGAACUCAUCAACGAGGUGAAGGAAUCUUGGACAGAGGAGGCUGACUUCGAACCCACUGCUAAGAAGCCCCGCUCCACGCCGGGUGAACACCCCACAGCUCAGGAGGACGACCGGCUAGGGAAGAACGAAGUGUAUGAUUACCUGCAGGAACCCCUUUUCCAGGCCACCCCUGACCUCUUCCAGUACUGGUCAUGCGUGACCCAAAAGCACACAAAACUAGCCAAGCUUGCCUUCUGGCUGCUGGCCGUUCCAGCUGUGGGGGCUCGAAGUGGGUGUGUAAAUAUGUGUGAGCAGGCACUUCUGAUCAAAAGGAGACGGCUGCUCAGCCCAGAAGAUAUGAACAAGCUCAUGUUUCUGAAAUCCAACAUGCUUUAAGACGCAGCUUCAGAAAAUUAAACAAAAAACAACUUAAAAAAAAAAAGACAAGAGAACGUUAGGGAAGGAAAAAUUAAAAAAAAAAAACACAACACUGUCACAAACAAAGGAAAGGAAUUUAAGUUCUAAACACUGUGGACCUCAUUAUAAACGCCCCCUCCCCCCAGGAAACUUAAGUGCUUUUUUUCCCCAUGUAUGUGUGUGUGUACGUAUGUCCGCACCCAGGCAUGUGUCCAGACAUGCAGGUGUGCGGUAUGGGGUGGGCUUCAUGCUCAGCUGUUGGCUGGAGAAGCUCCACCCACAUGUGUGCACACACAUACAACCCUGGUGCGCAUGUGCACGCCCACUCACAGGUGUGUGCAUCAGUUGGGUGUGUCAGGAAAGCCGGAAAGAGGGAGAUGGUUCACCUUUUCUCCAGCAGGGGCUCUGUAGAAGGACUCCAUUUUCAGGUGCGCAGAUUGGAAGAAGCCGAUACAAGGUAUGCAGCUGGUCAGGCGGCUGAGAUCUGAAGUGAGUGACCCGAUGCUCCCUGUCCUUCACCGCUAGUCCCUUCUUCAUCUCCCUCUCCAUCCCCUGAUUCCCCACAGACCCACCCUCCUGCCCUAGCUGCUCUGCCAUGGAUUCUCCAAACUGCAUUUGAUGGAGAGUUUCUGCACUGGACUUUGUUUCUCGUUCACCUUCAGGGCAUUGAGCUGCUGUCUCUUGGUGACUCCCACUCCAGGGUGUUCCCGGGGGGCAGUCGCUUUAGAAACACACCUAUCUAUCUCCCCAAAAUCAGGAAAGGAGACUUUCAAGAAUAUAAAAGCUGAUGUUUUGCUUUUUAAUAUAAGAGAAAGAGAGAGAAAGUGACUUUUUUUUUUUCAGAGAAGUAGUCAAUUGUCUCCACCCAAUACUUUUUUUUCCCCAACAUUUGAGCAAUGUUUAUCUUCCUUUGGGGGGGGGAAUUAAUUUUUUUUUCACAUUUGAUUUCAACUCUGCUAGGAGGCACUGAAUGUCGGUAACUUAUGUUUCAGAGUUUUUCUGUUUUGUUUUUGACUUGGCCUCAAGUCACACUGUAAACUAGCUCAUCUCAGUGGUAUAUUGGCUAUUGUAAGGUUUUUCUCAUCCUUCGCUGGGAGAACAGUUCUGAUCUCAUGUUAAGACAACCAAGACCAAGCUCAGGAUGGCACUGGCUGGAGACCAGGCUGGGUGGUUCCGAUAUGGGGUUUGGUGGAAGCUGCAGGGAGCAGCAUGGGGCCUCGGGGUCCUCUGAAUGUAAACAAAGACCCACCUACUGAUUGGCUGUCUGUACCAGGACAUCUGACUCCUGUACCCAGACUGCUGCACUCCUCACCUCAUCCCAGGCCUUCAUCGCAGCAGGAACUCCUAAUCGGAUCCAUAUUCACACCUGUCAUACCCCAGACCCACAGUCUCUUCUCCCCCUGCCCCCAUACCUGGGGGUCCCGGGACCUUUGUAGUGGGGCGAGGGAGAGUGUCCACAGCCCUCAGGGGUCCCACCAGGCCCCUAGUCCUCUACUCAGGACAGCAGCUGAGCAGGGUACCUUGUGGUCUGAACAGUUGAUAUCCAGAGGUGGACACAGUCAACUCCAUGCUGUGAAAGGGAUCUCUCCUGACCUCCCUCCUGACCCCUGGCCAGGAACAACUGAGCUUCGGCACACAGUCCUGCCUGAUGUUGAGAAGUGACAAGGGAAAGAUUGGCUGUGACCCCCAUUCCCGCCCACACGCCUCUCCGUAUCUCUCGGCUGCUGGUCCCACAGCCCUCUGGUGACCAGGGCUCUGAGAUGCUUGUGCUUCGGCUGCAAAGAGCCACCACUGAGGGGAGGAGGGAGCAUUGGCCAAGGCAACUUCUGCCAUUCUGGGACGGGCUAGGAGGGCACCCUCUCCCCAGGAAUAAAGCAUUACUCAACUGUGAGAUACCUCGACUACAAAAAGCACUGUACAUCCCUCUCCCGCUGAGACCCCCAACAGGAUGGGGCGAAGGUGGUUUAGAAACUCAAGAAGGCUUAGGAUUUUGAUUGUGGGUCCACAAUACUGUCCUCGGGAACCAGGCCUGCACAUUUCACCUCAUGAGAGAAUGAACCCAGAUCUCUCCUAUAGAGCCUUGGACACUGAAAUGAACCAAAUGGGCCAUUUCCACAUUCACUCCAGCAACCAUGGUCUCAGGAACACUAUUCAUACUCCUCUCCU